AUGACCAUGAUGAAUAUGGCCGGCAUGAAUCAAGCAGCAAUGGGUGGAGGUCAAGCCGGAGGCGGAAUGAUGAUGAUGAACAACAACGGGAGCCCAGCCAUGCAAGUCAACUCCAGCAGCUCGCCAGAACAGGUCAAGGUUCAACUGAACACCUAUAUAUACGAGUAUCUUCUGAAGCUCGGCCACUACGACAUUGCUCGAAGCCUGCUGCGUGAGGAGAAAUUCGAACUUCGUGUCAAGCCGUCAGUCAAGCAAAGUCCUGGUCGCCGCAAAGAUGCCGAAGUGAACGGAGUUGACGGAGAUGCCAUGGACGCAGAUGUCAAAGAUGAUAUCCCUGAUGACCUCCCCCGUCCGGUGCAUGUUGGAGAUGCGAGCACACCCGGAAUAGGCUUCCUCUAUGAGUGGUUCAGCAUCUUUUCCGACCUCUUUACCGCCCACCAACGAUCAAGCAAGAUGCAAGGUAGUCAAGCUGGAAACAUGGGUCCCGCUGCCCAGUAUCUGAUGCAACACCAGAAUAUGCAACGUAUGAGAGAAAAUCAGCAGAACCAAAACCUCGCGCGACCUGGCAUGAUGCCUAACCAGUUUGCAAUGCGUAACAUGCGCAACAACAUGAUGAAUGGGAAUCUUCCAAGAGAUAUGGCCAAUAAGAUGACCCCUCAACAGGUCCAGCAAUUCAAACAAUCUCAAAUGCUUCAACAACAGCAGCAGAACAUGCAACGAGAACAGGGUGAUGUAGACAUGAACGGUCGCGCCUCAUCCCCCACAGAAGGCGAGAACGGUGGGUCUCCGUCCAAGAGGCCACGACUCGACGGUCAACAGUUCAACGGUGGUAUGAUGCCUAAUAUGCGGCCAGGAAUGCCCAAUGUUGCACCUCAAAACAUGAUGAUUCAGAAUGCCUUCAACCCUAACAUGAACAAUGCGCAAUUCCGACAAAACGGGGCUAUGCCUCAGAAACCCAUGCAGGGUGGGAUGGCCAAUGGCAUGAUGAAUAUGGGAAAUGCGGGCUCCCCGAUGAUGCAAGGCAUGAAUCCUGCCCAGUUCGGCGACAACAUGCAGAUGGAGAUGUACAACCAAAGGAUGGGAGGCCAACAAAUGCAAGGCACCCCCGGUGGAGGCCAGAGUGGGAAUCAUGCUCUGCAAGAUUAUCAAAUGCAAUUGAUGCUGCUUGAGCAACAAAACAAGAAGAGAUUGAUGAUGGCACGAGCAGAGCAGGACAAUGCUGCCAAUAGAGAUGGCGCCCCCAUGGUCGGUAUGCAGCCUGGCGGUAUGUCACCUUCCGGCAGUCGGACUGGCACCUCUCCCAACCCCGCAGAUCAGAUGAAGCGGACGCCACAAUUGGGAGGAAUGCCUGGGUCGCCUUCAGCUGCAGAAGCAAUGGCAGGACGGUCGCCCGCUGGAGGAAUGAGCUUCAUGAACGGAAUGCCGACAUCUGAUUUCAAUCCGGCCAUGUUCAUGAAAGAAAAUCAAGGCAUGGUAGGACCAGGUGGGCCGAAUAUGAGACCACCUACCUCGGUGAACAUGCAACAAGCUAUGGCGCGUCAACAGCAGAUGGGAGGACAGUUCCAAGGAGGCCAACCAAUGGUCCAGCAACCAUCGCAAGGCCAACCGCAACCCAUGGGCACUCCGGGACAGAGAACCGAAAUGCCGCCUCCUCAAGCCCCUGCUGGAAACAAUGCCCAACGGAAUCAACCAUCGUCACCUCAGAGCGGGAAUGCACCGCCGACUCCUUCGACAACCAACAAACCCAAUCCAAAGAAGAAAGCCAAGGAAGAUACCAACAAGAAGCGACCGGCCAAGAAGAACUCAACCGCAAAUGCCCCCAGUUCUGAGAAUGAGCCUCCCCCAACUCCCACACCAUCGACACCCAUCACUCCAGUCCAUCCACAAGGAUUCAACUCUGCCGGCAAGGCUGCUGGCCCUGGAAUGCCUAAUUCGAACCAAGCUCCUCCACCCAAUCAGGCGAUGCCACCUAGUCAACCCCAAAUGCACCAGCCAGAUCUCUCACAGCCCAAUGCAUUCUCCGACUUCGGUGGUGGUGGUCCAGAGAACUUCAACUUGGAUUUCAGCACUUUGGAAAAUAGCGACGUACUGGAGAAUUUUGAUUUUGACAGCUUUCUGAACACGACCAACGACGACACCUUCAAUUUUGACGCUCCCAUUGGGGUAGGAGGAGACUUUGGUUUAGAUGCGACCGGUGAAUAG